GGGGGAGCCGAGUGGAUUCCUGAAGAGCAUCCGCCGGGUGAGGAGGGCCUAGGGCAGUGCUUGAAGAUUAGCGGCAGGCGCAGUGCCGGGUGAUGGCGGGCCCGGACGAGGCGCUGGAGGCAGGCCUGUAACGCUAUUUGAAUAUCGUCAGUUACCACCCGUUGAUGUCAAGAUGACUAAGCUUGGAUUUUUGCGGUUGUCCUAUGAGAAGCAGGACACACUUCUGAAGCUUCUCAUCCUGUCGAUGGCUGCUGUGCUGUCAUUUUCUACUCGUCUCUUUGCUGUCCUGAGAUUUGAAAGCGUUAUUCAUGAGUUUGAUCCGUACUUUAAUUAUCGGACUACCCGGUUUCUGGCUGAGGAAGGGUUUUAUAAAUUUCAUAACUGGUUUGAUGACCGGGCCUGGUACCCCUUGGGUCGAAUCAUUGGAGGAACAAUUUAUCCAGGCUUAAUGAUCACCUCUGCUGCAAUCUACCACGUACUCCAUUUUUUCCAUAUCACCAUUGACAUUCGGAACGUCUGUGUUUUCUUGGCCCCUCUCUUCUCCUCCUUCACCACCAUCGUUACAUACCACCUUACCAAAGAGCUCAAGGAUGCAGGAGCUGGGCUUCUUGCUGCUGCCAUGAUCGCUGUAGUUCCUGGGUAUAUUUCUCGAUCUGUAGCUGGCUCCUAUGAUAACGAAGGAAUUGCUAUCUUUUGCAUGCUGCUUACUUACUACAUGUGGAUCAAGGCAGUGAAGACUGGUUCCAUCUACUGGGCUGCCAAGUGUGCCCUUGCUUAUUUCUACAUGGUCUCUUCAUGGGGAGGUUAUGUGUUCUUGAUCAACUUGAUCCCUCUUCAUGUCCUGGUGCUAAUGUUAACAGGCCGUUUUUCUCACCGGAUCUAUGUAGCCUACUGUACUGUUUACUGCCUGGGCACCAUUCUUUCUAUGCAGAUCUCCUUUGUGGGCUUCCAGCCUGUCCUUUCAUCAGAACACAUGGCAGCCUUUGGAGUGUUUGGUCUCUGUCAGAUCCAUGCCUUCGUAGAUUACCUGCGCAGCAAACUGAAUCCACAGCAAUUUGAAGUUCUUUUCCGAAGUGUCAUCUCCCUGGUUGGUUUUGUCCUCCUCACCGUGGGAGCACUCCUCAUGCUGACAGGAAAGAUUUCUCCCUGGACAGGCCGUUUUUACUCACUGCUGGAUCCUUCUUAUGCUAAAAACAACAUCCCCAUCAUUGCAUCUGUGUCUGAGCAUCAGCCCACAACCUGGUCCUCCUACUAUUUUGAUCUGCAGCUCCUUGUCUUCAUGUUUCCAGUUGGCCUCUAUUACUGCUUUAGUAACCUGUCUGAUGCCCGGAUUUUCAUCAUCAUGUAUGGUGUGACCAGCAUGUACUUUUCAGCUGUAAUGGUGCGUCUAAUGCUGGUGUUGGCACCUGUUAUGUGCAUUCUUUCUGGCAUUGGUGUCUCCCAGGUGCUGUCCACAUAUAUGAAGAAUUUGGAUAUAAGUCGCCCAGACAAGAAGAGCAAGAAGCAACAGGAUUCUACUUAUCCUAUUAAGAAUGAGGUGGCAAGUGGAAUGAUACUGGUCAUGGCCUUUUUUCUUAUCACCUACACUUUCCACUCAACUUGGGUAACCAGUGAAGCCUACUCUUCUCCCUCCAUUGUACUGUCUGCUCGUGGUGGCGAUGGCAGUAGGAUCAUUUUUGAUGACUUCCGAGAAGCAUAUUAUUGGCUUCGUCACAAUACUCCAGAGGAUGCAAAGGUCAUGUCAUGGUGGGAUUAUGGCUACCAAAUUACCGCAAUGGCAAAUCGGACAAUUUUAGUGGAUAAUAACACAUGGAAUAAUACUCAUAUUUCUCGAGUAGGGCAGGCAAUGGCAUCUACAGAAGAAAAAGCUUAUGAAAUCAUGAGGGAGCUUGAUGUCAGCUAUGUGCUUGUCAUUUUUGGAGGCCUUACUGGGUAUUCCUCUGAUGAUAUCAACAAGUUUCUUUGGAUGGUCCGGAUUGGAGGAAGCACAGAUACAGGAAGACAUAUCAAGGAGAAUGAUUACUAUACUCCAACAGGGGAGUUCCGUGUAGAUCGUGAAGGUUCUCCAGUGCUGCUCAACUGCCUUAUGUACAAAAUGUGUUACUACCGCUUUGGACAAGUCUACACAGAAGCCAAGCGUCCGCCAGGCUUUGACCGUGUUCGAAAUGCUGAGAUUGGUAAUAAAGACUUUGAGCUUGAUGUCCUGGAGGAAGCAUAUACCACAGAACAUUGGCUGGUCAGGAUAUACAAGGUAAAGGACCUGGAUAAUCGAGGUUUGUCAAGGACAUAAAUGCCACAUUGUGCCCUGGUAUGCUUCGCACUGAGCGCGUCGUAUUGAGGACGCCGAAGAUUUUUUUUUAUAAGCAGUUUCUAAGAACAGAACCAGAUGGGAUUAGAAUUGUCUGGAAGUUUUGCCCUGGACAGUAUGGGCUGGGCCAAAUCAAAUGAUUUUUGUAAUUCUGAGCAGGUUACCAAAUGAAAUGUCAUGGCUUUACUUUGGUCAAUUAAAGGGGGGUAUUUUUUUUUUUUAAUGUGCCUUAUUUGUUUUGACUUAAAUCGACUGAUUUGAGAAUCACAGAAGUGAGUGGAUGGAAGAUCAUAUCCAUGCUCUAGGUCCCCAGACAAACCAAAUAGGAACAUUUUCUUUCUCUCCUAAGGACUAGCUCUGGUUCUACAAAUAUAAAAACUUUGUCACACUUUUUGUUUUGUAGCACCCAGAUACAAUGCUUUGCAUAGAAUGGGUGCUUAAUAAAUUUUUAUCAACUGAAUAAAUGCUUCUGGGACCAGAGGAGUGCUGUUUCUGAGCAGGGAAGACAGUGUUCUUGCUGUUAGGUUUGUGUUCUCAAUAUCUAUUUCUUUAGAAGAUCUUUGGCUUUGUAAGGACAGAGAGUUGCUAAGUAUGUCCAAUCUCACCAGGAUUCUUUAAACUAGUGAGGGUUCUUAUUCUAAGCAAAAUGCGAACCAACUGUGACUAAUCCAGUAGUUUUUAAGACUCAGUGAAACAGAUUACUCUGAGAGGAAGAUGCUCCUCCAACUCUACCAUGUACAGAGGUUGAUGGUUAGUAGUUGUUACUGGAAUCAGAAAGUUUUCAGUACUUCACUCAAUCUAAAACAUAGUAAAUGGCUAUUUCCUCAUUUCCUGGAGACUCCCCUAAAUCUCUUGGUGUUCUCCACCAUGAGCUUUUGUUCUUAGUGUAAGUCUGCUGUGUUCACACACCACUUCAGGCUUGAUUACCUGGUUUUGAAGCCCUUGCUAAGUAUAUAAUGAGGAUGUGGGAAGUAUUGCUACUAACAGGUACCUAGAGAUCAUUGCAAGUCUGACUGUAAGAAAAAAGACUUUAAAAAGCAUUUUAACUUCGAAGCAUAGAGGUCUCAUAGUUAUUUUAUACCAGGAUAACAGCUUUCUGUUCGGUAUAAUAAGACAUUUCAUCAUGUAUUUUACAACGUAGGACAUAAUCACUGAUGUAUAGAAACUGUCUUAAAAAAUUAGUUGUACUAUUUAAGAAAACAGGAGGAAUUAUACGACUUAGAUAGUCAAGUCACAUUGGUACUCAGUGCUUAUAUGCUUAGGUGUGCUUGUACCUAAUGACCUCAAGCCAGCUUAUGAACCAGAAGAUUUGAUUUCCUAUAUGUAAUAUAUUACUUGAUUUAUAUACAUAAUUACUGCCUAGUGGGAAAGGUUAAUCUGAUUUAUCAAUAUAAUUAUAUUACAGGUUAUUAGUAAGCUUUCUCUAUAGUAUAAAUGGAAUAACCCUUUUUCAUAUCAUUUAUACUCCUGGGAUUUUGAUAUUUUCUAGUUUAUGCAAAUUUUUUAAAAGAUUGCUUUUAUUUUCAAUUGUAGCCCACUUAGUGUAAAAAAUAUCCAUCUAAAAAACAAUACAAUUUGACACAUAUACCUUCCCACACACCCAUUGACUCAUAUUUUGUGACACUAUUUUUACUAUCAUCUAUUAUAGUUGCAAUUACCUUUUACCUUCAUUAGUUAAGAUGUGUUAUAUACUGUUACUUUUUGGCAGUUCCCUGUAGCUUAGGCUGGCUUUGAACUCAAGAUAUAGAUGCUAGCUUUGAUCUCUUGAUUGUGCAGCCUCUGCCUCCCAGGUGUUGAGAUUACAGGUGUGGGCCACUAUAGCCAGCUGGUUAUUAUUUUUCCUCUAUAACUUCUUUUAGGAAGUACUUUACUUUUUUUAAGUACUUGUUAUAAAUCUUCCCCCCCCCCCAAUCUCCCUAGCCAAUUCUCUUUCAUUUGUGCCUGUUUUCUCUUAAUGUGAUCAAAUAGAUUUGUUAAGCAACUUUUGCUCUUUUGAGACAGGGUCUUUUGCAGCCAGGGCUGGCUUUGAAUUCCUGCUUCUCCUGCCUCUACUUGCCAAGUGCUGGGAUUAUAGGUAUAUGCCACCACACCUGAUUACAUUGUUUACUUUUAAGAAUGUCUUUUAUUUUUCAGCUUGAAUUGGUUAACUCUCCAAGUUUGUUGAGUUUGUACUAUUUCACUGUGAUAUUUGUUAAUCUUUUGCCUUUUUCAUUGAUUUGCCAUUUCUAAGUAUCUUAUGAAAGUAUAUAGGGCAAAUACAUUUCUGGAGCUAUUCUGUACCAUACUGAAUGCAUAGCUGGGUAUAGAAUUCCAGACUCUCGGUAUUUUGCAUUGUAAAGGCACUAGCCUAUUGUUUUCUAUUUUCCUAACAUUGAGAAAUGCAGUUAUUCUGAUGAAUAUUUCUCUAUUCCUUGCCCCAGACCCCUUUGUUGCAUCUUUAUAGUGGGUAUCCACUGUCCUGGUACUAUGGAUUUUCAUGUGUGCAUAGUCAAGUUUUUUCUGUUUUUUGAAAAAACACUCUUAAUAUGUAGAUUCUUCCAGCUGUUUUUCUGAUAGGGUUAAUUAAAAAAAUUUAAAUGUUAGACAACACAGUUUGACACUUUAAAUACUUUUAUGUGAUUGGGUGAUUUGUCUGUAUAUGUGUGUGUAUUAUGUGUAUGCCUGGUGCCCACAGAGUCCAGAAGAAGCAUCAGAUUUCUGGAACUGGAGUUACAGACAUUUAUGAGCGGCUGUGUGGGUGCUGGGAAUUGGAAGAGCUGUCAGGGUCUUAACCGACUCAAAUCCCCUGGUAACGUUACUUGAAUGUGGGGCUUCCUGAGUCAAUUUCCUAAAAUUUUCAGUUGUUCUUUUAUCUUUCAUCUCCUGGGAGAUUUCCUAAGCUGUAUUUUCUCUCUCUUCUCUUUCUCUUCUCCCCUCCCCUCCCUCCCCCCUCCCCUCCCCUCCCUUCCCUUCCUCCCUCCCCCCCCCCCUCUCUUGCAUUGGGCCAAACCCAGGGCCCUGUGUAUGCCAGUGUGUGUGUGGUGUUGCAUUGGUCCAAACCCAGGGCCCUGUGCAUGCUAGCUAAGCACUCCGUCAGUGAGCUAAUUUCUAUCUCCAACCAUGUUUUCAACCAUGUUCUCAUUUUUUUUCUUUUCUGCUUUCUGUUUCUAAAGUUUUACGACUUUUUGUUGUCUGACUGUCCCAUUGUUUUGCUGCCUUUCCAAUUAAAGACGUUCCCAAAUUCUUGGCUGACAUCUUUUAUACUUCUGGGUAGUAGAAAGGGAGCCUGUGCUUGUGCUUUUUAAUAUACUGUGAUCAGGCUGCGCUGCUACACUGAGAAAUCAUCGAUAUUGGUGUUACAUUUUUUUUUCUUCCAUCCAUAAAAUUCAAGGUUUGUAUGUCCUCUUAUUUAAGGAUAUUGGCCAGACUGUCGCCUUUCUGGAGUAAAGUAGGAAAACUUAGAGGUUCCACUCUCAGUAUAUACACUUAAAUUUAAAUGCUGUUUUCAGUAGUAUAGCCACACUGUUCACUGGGCUUACUCUGCAAGCCAGCUUCUUUUGAUUUACGCCGUGAAGUCUUAUCACCAGUUUUGGGGAAGAGCUGUUCCUUGGUUACACAAGAGGAAGACUGUGCAGAAGCCUGUUUCAUACAUAGGUAGUCUUGAGACUGCCCCAGCUUGACCUCCAUAUUUAGAGUUGCCUGGUGUCAUUUCAACUUGAGUAUUCUGGGCUUCCCACAAUGCAAUUCAAGCCGCUUUUCUGUACUUUGGGAUUCAUCUUUAUUUUGUACUUAUUACCUUUUAUCUGCAGUAGGCUUUCACUUUUCCAAAAUUUUCUCAUACUCAGAAAGGGAUAGAGGCAAUUGCUUACG